AUGAACGAGCUGGGGAAGUGUCUGCCCUCCCCGACCCUCCCGGGGCUCCAGCUGCCGUGCUUGUUGACCGGGACCUACAAAGGCUGGCUCUUUAAAUGGACCAACUACCUGAAGGGCUACCAGCGGCGCUGGUUCGUCCUCAGUAACGGCCUGCUGUCCUACUACAGGACUCAGGCAGAGAUGGCGCAUACCUGCCGGGGCACCAUUCCCUUGGCAACAGCACACAUCGAGGUGGGCGACACCUGCCACCUGGUGUUAACUAGCGGAGGCCGAAGCUACCACCUGAAGGCCACCUCUGAGGGAGAGUGUCAGCGAUGGGUCUCUGCCCUGCAGCAAGCCAGGGCCAACUCCACUCAGCUGAUGAAUCACUCAGAUGACUCUGGAGAUGAAGGCCCCGUACCCCAGGAGGACCGAGCCCUAACCCAAGGGGUGCUCAAGACUCUGGCCAGCAAGCUAGACGACCUGAGCACCUGUAAUGAGCUGAUAGGAAAGCACGGCGCCGCUCUCCAGCGCUCCCUCAGCGAACUCGAGGAACUGCGUGGAUCCGUCGAAAGCACAGACAGAGUGAAAGCUGUUAAUGAGCGAGCCACCCUUUUCCGCAUCACCUCCAAUGCUAUGAUCAAUGCUUGUCGUGACUUUCUGGACGUAGCAGAAUCUCACAGCCGGAGGUGGCAAAAGACCCUGAAGCAUGAGAGAGAGCAGCGUCACCAUCUGGAAGAGACCAUCGAACAGUUAGCCAAACAGCACAACAGCUUGGAGAGAGCCUGGAGGGAGAAUCCGACCUCAUACACAGGCGUGGAGCGCUCUCAGGAGGGGGACGCGAGCGAUGAGAAUGACGAGGCAGAGUUCUUCGAUGCCAUGGAGGACUCCCCUGCAUUCAUAACAGUGACUGCUAGUGGCAACAUACAGCACAAGCGCUCAGGGAGCAAUCAGAGUAUGAUGAGCGGAGGGAUGUCCAAUGACUGGACUCACAAUGAGAAUGACACCUCAGGCACAAACCACAUGCAGCUACGAAGACCAAGACGCAGUCGUAUUCCUGACAAACCAAAUUACUCCCUUAACCUUUGGAGCAUCAUGAAGAACUGUAUUGGAAAAGAUCUCUCCAAGAUACCCAUGCCUGUAAACUUCAACGAGCCGCUGUCGAUGCUACAGCGUCUGACUGAGGAUCUGGAGUACAGCGAGCUCCUGGACCGGGCGGCUCGUUGUGACUCCUCUCUGGAGCAGAUGUGCCUGGUGGCCGCCUUUUCUGUCUCCUCCUACUCCACCACAGUCCAUCGCACAGCCAAGCCCUUCAACCCUCUGCUGGGGGAGACUUACGAGCUGGACCGACUGGAGGAGUAUGGUUAUCGCUCCAUCUCAGAGCAGGUCAGUCAUCACCCACCAGCUGCUGCCCACCAUGUGACAUCACAGCGAGGAUGGACCCUGUGGCAGCAUAUUACUAUCGAUAGCAAGUUUCGGGGGAAAUAUAUUUCUGUCAUGCCAUUAGGAAACAUUCACCUGCAGUUCCACUCAAGCGGAAACCGCUACAUUUGGAGCAAAGUGACUUCAACGGUGCACAACAUCAUUGUGGGGAAACUUUGGAUUGAUCAGUCUGGGGACAUUGACAUUGUGAACAACACGACCAAGGACACCUGCCGUCUCAAAUUCUCCCCCUACAGCUACUUCUCCAGAGAUGUCCCACGUAAAGUGACAGGGGUGAUAGAGGACAGAGAGGGCACAGCCCAUUACAUCCUGUCAGGAACCUGGGACGACAAGAUGGAGAGUGCCAAAAUAGUAGACAGCAGCCAAGGAUGCGGCGGCUCUGAAGGCAAACAAAAGACAGUUUAUCAGACUCUUCAGCCCAAACUGUUGUGGAAAAAAUAUCCUCUCCCAGAUAAUGCAGAGAACAUGCAUUACUUCUCCUCCUUGGCUCUGACUCUCAACGAGCCAGAGGAGGGCAUUGCGCCCACUGACAGUCGUCUGCGGCCAGACCAGCGGCUUAUGGAGGCGGGCGUGUGGGAUGAAGCAAACACCCAGAAGCAGCGUCUGGAGGAGUGUCAGAGGCUGGAGAGGAAAAGAAGGGAGGCGCAAUCCAAUCAGGCCCUGGAGGAAGGGCAAGACAUCGAGGUCUACCAGCCAAUGUGGUUUGAGAAGAGAGCAGAUGAUUCAACGGGAGAUAGCACCUACGUCUACAGGGGCGGCUACUGGGAGGCUAAAGACAGACAGGACUGGAGCCUAUGCCCUGACAUCUUCUAGGACUAAAGUUCCCCUUACACCGUGGCAUCAGACAGGUUGAGUGGUUCCUCCUGAUGUAAGGAUACUCCGUGACUUAUGGACAGUUGUUUGUGUGUGGAAUGAGUGAGUGAGUGAGCCAGGUGCUGAAAGAAGCCGUCACACUCCCAGAAUUUUAAGCACCGCUUCCACUUACUAAUCUACUCUCUUCUGCUCUACUAUAACUUGUUUUUCCAGAAUGCAUGGCCUCAGUUUGUGUGUGUACGCUUAUUCAGCACCGUAUAGAACGGAUUCAUGAGAGUACAUCAAGUUCUUAUGUGUGUGGGGCUGCACCAAAACACACAUGUUUCAAUGUGUGCAUGGGGAUAACUUGGGGACAAGGAGCGCCGCGGUUGUUUUGGUACAAGCACUGAAUGUCUUGUUCUCCUCAAAGUUGGAACAACAUGUUCCUCUUCAUGCUGGGCUCUGACAGAGACACCCGGCAUUUAAAGGACCGUAGCAGGACUACGCAUUCUUCUGUGCUUAAAGGCUUUUUCACAGCAGCAUUUCAUUUAUUGUUCCCCCGGAUUUUGGGGAAUUUUUACUAUUUUGCCCAAACUGUAUCUUGAAGGAUUUACUUUGGAUGGACUACUGCCUGAAUACACCAUGCUGUUUUAUAGACAACCGCUGCUUCCCACAUGAUCUUGAAAUUAUGUUUCUGUUUGCAUUAAAGGAGCACUACACUA